ACAUUGACAAAUCAAAAUGUGUGGAAUCUGGGCGAUUUUCGGAAGUGACGAGGAUGUUUCUCACCAGUAUAGCAGCUGUCUGCAGAUUGCUCAUCGAGGACCUGAUGCUUUCCGCAUCGAGAACGUAAACCACUUUAAGAACUGCUGCUUUGGCUUUCAUCGUUUGGCAAUUGUUGGCGAUCACUUUGGAAUGCAGCCGAUGAGAGUUAAAAGUCUCCCACAUCUUUGGUUGUGCUACAAUGGAGAAAUCUACAACUAUAAAACCACACAGAAGCAAUUUGACUUUAAGUAUUUAACUGAGAGUGAUGGAGAAUCAAUCUUACAUCU